ACCAACGUUUCCCAUAUACGACGUCGUUCGUAAAAAGGAAAAUCAGUUUUACUUUAUUUUUUUGGUUCUGUAAUAAUGGAAGCCAUGAGUUUCAAAAAGCGAGUUCGCGACGACUCGGACGAGUUGGCUUUCAACUCGCCCGAGGUGAAGCGGCUCAGGGAGAACCUCUUGGACGACCUCGACGAUUCCGAGUUCAGCGCCGCGACUCAGGACCUGUAUUCGUUCAUGAAGAGCUUCGAAGACGAGAUUACGGCUUCGCCGUUGCCGGCGGCGGAGUCAGUUUCCGUCGAUGAUCUGACGGCCGGAACUCGGCCGGAUCUCGGAUUCCUGUUGGAGGCUUCCGAUCACGAACUUGGCCUGCCGCCUCCAACGGCGUCGCCGAGUCGGGUGGAGAACGAGUUGACGACUCAGUUGGUCGGAGUUCCAUCGGAAUCUAUAGAAUUCGGUGUCGGCGGUGGUUCGUGGGGACUGGAAGAGCAGAUUCCGAGUUGUGACUCGUUCGAGUUGGGAAUCCUCGACUUGGAGAAUUUUGAUUUCAGCGGCGGUGAAUAUGUAGCGCUAGACGGUUUGUUUGAUCAUUCGGAUCUUGGGUUUGGGUCAACGGAUUUUCUAAGAUGACCCGGCAGAUUACCAACCUAAUAGAGCAGCUGCUACUAGAAAUUUGUAAAAUAUUAAUUAAUUAUAAUUAAAAUAUGUCAAAUAAUUCUUAACUUUA